AUGCUGGGCACCAGGGUAUUCCUACAGAAAAUCCUGAUUCUUCUGCAGGUUACUCUGUCUGUUGUUGUUGGCAAAACACUGAUGAUACUGUUCCCCAAUGCCAUGAAAAGGUACAUCUUAAAGAUGGGUGAAAAGAGCAGAAUGAACCAGAAUCCAAAGUUCAGCUAUGAAAACUGGGGCCCGACUUUUUUCAGCUUCAAGUAUUUGCAGUUUGUGCUGAAGGUGAAGUGGAAGAGGCUGGAGGAUGAAGCCUACGAGGGACACCCUGCUCCCAACACGCCGGUGGUGACCCUCGAUGGGGAAGUUUGUCACCUCCUGGAUUUCAUGGAAGAUAACCGACCUUUAAUCCUGAAUUUUGGAAGUUGCACCUGACCUUCAUUUAUGCUAAAAUUUGAUGAGUUCAACAAGCUCAUCAAAGAUUUCAGCUCAAUAGCAGAUUUCCUUAUCAUCUACAUUGAGGAAGCUCACGCAGUAGAUGGAUGGGCUUUUAAAAACAAUGUCCUUAUUAAAAAUCACAGAAGUCUUGAAGAUCGAAAAAUUGCAGCACAAUUUCUUCAGAAAAAUCACCCUCUCUGUCCAGUGGUUUUAGACACUAUGGAAAACCUGAGCAGUUCAAAAUACGCUGCACUGCCGGAACGACUCUACCUGCUUCAAGGAGGGAAGGUUAUCUACAAGGGAGGAGUGGGGCCUUGGAAUUACCACCCCCAGGAAAUACGUGCCAUCCUGGAAAAACUGGAACAGAAAAUGAAGAGGACUUUGAAGUAA